AUGAGAAUCCCGCGAAUAUUUAUUUUAGUUGCUACAUUUGUGGUGCUCAGCAAAACUUUUUCAACUGAUGAAGAAGCUUUUGAAAGCUUCAAGAGAGAAUUUAAAAAAGUUUAUAAAAAUGAAGAAGAAGAAAUAUACAGACGAGAACUUUACUUUAAAUGUCGCGAAUUAAUCAAAGAACAUAAUGAAAGAUAUGCCAUUGGUUUAGAAACUUUUGUUCUAAAAGAGAAUAAAUUUUGUGAUUUAAACAAAGAUGAACUGGCACAAUUUUCUACUGGAAAUAUUACACCACUUUUUGGGAAAGCAACUGGAAUAAUUAAUCCAGGCGAUCUUCCCCCAGGACCUCCAUCAGUCGAUUGGUCAACCUCAACCAAUUGUAUAACUCGUGUUAAAGAUCAAGGAUAUCAUUGUGAUAGCUGUUGGGCUUUCUCGGGAAUUGCUGCAUUAGAAGCUCAUUGGUGCAUAUAUAGGAAUGAAUCUGUUUCAUUAUCAGAACAGCAAUUAAUUGAUUGCAAUAGACAUCCAAGAUAUGGAAACUUUGGAUGUGCACGUUUGUGACUGGUAUUCAAUCUUCAGCAUAUUAUUACAUCAUGAACAA